CCGCUAUUUAUGAAAAUGAACUGUAUGAAUGCCCAUUUAUUAUGCAUAAUAGCAACUGUAAUACCGUUCAGUCUUGUUGAAGGCCGCAAAGGAUGCUGGGCGGGCCCAACACCGCCAGGGAAGGAAUGCUUGUAUGGUAAAGAAAUACUCGGCGGAAGAAACCUCGGCAUACACUAUAUCUUCACCUCAACGUUCACCCGGAUAUGUUGUCAGGCAUAUGAAUGUACAUACUGGGGAAUGUGUAGAUUUAAGGACCUAUGGUGCGGACAAAGUGUGAGCGGGGUUCCAAUAAAAGCUAACGCAUUGCUUUGGGGACAAAGGGAUGUUGAACCCAUCAUGAGGUGUUAUGAUUCACGUGGAGCCGGUGCCUAUUACAGCUUCACUGUCCAGGUUGUUCCCAUUGAAGAUCGUUAAAGAAACUCUUUCUGACACCUGAUCAUGAAAAGUAUUUCAUUGUUGAAAGAAAAUAAAAAGUUUUUUCCCCUUUUCUACCCUUUUCCAGAUUUUUAAAACCUAUUUUUUUUUUUAAUAUUUUGAACGAAAUUUAUAUUGUGAUAACAUUAUAUGUUAAUAAAGGUGAUGGAAAUAUGAAA